AUGCGGACUCAUACAGAGAAAGCAUUAGGACGAGAUGCGGACAAAGAUGGCUCUGGUCUCAUCAGUGUGAAUGAGCUCUACAAAGCCUUCAUCCAAGGGGAGGCCAGAGCUGACGGCGGCGAGUCGGCCCGGGUUGCGUACAACUUGAUAAAGAAGUCCAUCAAUGAAGAGAACGAUGUGCAACAUCUCGCAGAAGGGGAGUGCUUAAUCGAUGAUCUUAUCGAGUGGAUGAGGCAGGAAUACGACACCAAUGCUGCAACUUGGUUCAAUGCAGGAGACACGAAGCAGGACAUCAAGGAUGAGGACCUUUGGUCUUUGCCUCAAACGCUGUUGCUCUUCUGCGUCUUCCUCUACACAGGCAGCGCUCAUUUGCCCAUGCGAGACUUGGCCCGCAAGCGUAGUUCGGAUCCCAAUGCGGGAGGAGCUGGCUGGGAGAUUGCUGAGAACUAUCCAGCUUCAGCCGUGUUUGGUUACUACAGGCUCUCGUGGUUAUAUGACAGACUGUCAUUGUACGAUUUCCUGGUGACCACCUGGAUCGCCCAGCAUCUCAAUCAGGACCUGGAUCUCUACCCGCCUGGGCGCUACUUCGGUCGGAAUCAAGUGAUCGGCGGAUUCCGCUUCAGGCGGUUCUACACGACGCCGCAAAACUGCAGCAUGCCGGAAUACUUGGAACGGGUCUACUAUCCCUUUCCGCAAAGACUCACCGUGCAAUGCUUUAAGCUGGGCAGUGAAUCCUACGAGGACAGGUGGGUCUUAUACCAUGAGAGAAGCGACUCAGUCAGAAGAACGAUGGACGAGUGGACCUACAGCAACUGGUUGGAUGACAACACGACUGCUCUCAAUAUUGAUUCCGUCCUCUUGAAUCCGGUUCUGGGCACGUACACAUUCGAGCAGCUCACGUUCAGAUUCGAGAACAAUGGCUUCACGAAACACGUGCAGUUUGCAGAGACAUUUCUGGCGGAGCCUUACAAAGACUUCUCUGGCCUCGUGCCGGACGUGCUGUUCAUGCUCAUCUUGAUGCGCAUCCUGUAUUCAGAGAUCAAGGAACUGCUGCCUGCUCUCUCGAUUGGGUUUGAUGGUAUCAUGAACUACCUGCAAUUCUGGAACAUUGUGGAUUGGCUGGCUAUCUUUUGGGGGGCAGUCUGCGCUGGACUGUGGGUCGUCUUCUGCAUUCAUCUCUCCAUGGUGCAGCCCCGAAUCGAGCAGCUCCCUUUGCGACAGAUGGACCAAAUUGUUUAUGCAAACAACACCUUCAUGCAGAGAUGGGAGGUGAAUAUUAUGAUGCCACGGCCGGAGUAUGAGGCCCUGCUGGAGAGCAUGAUGCAGGCAUGCCAGGAUGCUUCCAUUUGGCAUGAGGCAGUUCGAAUGCUCUGCGUCUUGUACCUCUUCGUCCUGAUGAUGAAGUUCUUCAAGUCCUUCAAGGCAAAUGCUCAGCUGGACGUUGUCAUCACGACUUUGUCGGGCUCUGUUAAAGAUGUGUCUCACUUUGGUAUUGUCUUCUUGACCAUCUUCCUCUGCUACUCUUGGAGCGGUCAUAUCUUCUUCGGGAAGGAUACGGAAGGUUGCAGCACGAUGCUGGGUGCCAUCUUCUGGCGCUGGUCCAGUGGUGUGGGAGUUGGCGACAUGGAAGACCUCGAUUUGCUUGGCCGAAUCCUCGGCUACACCUACACUUUAUCGUACGAGUUCCUGGUGCUGAAUCUGCUGUUCGGCAUUCUGUUUGGCUUGAUCUUUGAGUCCUACGGCCGGACCCAGAAGGAGGCAGGGAACCCCAUCUCGGUGGUGGAGCAGAUCCGCCGGGCUGUGAAGGAGAUGCGGAAAAAGAAGGACUUCCUGGACGAGUGGUACACCAUUAACAGGCUGAUCGAUGACGACAUGCCUGCCCACCCUGCCGAAGUGGUGACAGUGAAGAGCCUCGUCGAGGCCUUCCAAGCAGACAACAUGACCAAGGUGAACGCAGAAUACAUCAUCAGCCAUGUGCGCGAGUACCAGACUAGCAAGACGUCGGAGGUGGAAGUGUCUUUGCUGGAUGCACUCCGUCUGGUGGCGAGAACACGAACCUCGAGCCUCCGCUCCAUCCAGGUCACCGAGAGUCUGCUGAGCAUGCUGAAGGCAGAAAGCCAGAAGCCACAAGAAAUGCGCUUUCGCUGCAUCAUGGCGGGCUUUGACCCUGACGCCCCCGGCGAGAUGCAGGAGUUCUUGCGUGUGCAGGCGCUGCAAGCGCUCGAAGAUGACAAUCCACUGCCUGGCCAAGUACAGCCCGUGGUGCAGACCAGUGCCGCAGUCCAACAUCACUCGGAGAGCAAGGCGACGGUGAACAGCCACAGCAUCGAUGGCACCAAGGAGGAGCCCGUUGAAGUUGUGGAUCGAAGCGAGCAGCAGGCGAAGGAGAAGCAGCUCCUCGCCACACUCGACCGCUUGGCAGGGAUAGCCCAGGAGUCGCAGGCGGAGGAUCGCUCGACGGUCUCGCAGACGCUCAAAGAAAUGCAGUCCUAUCAAGAGCAGUCGGCCAACUUUAACAAGGAUCAGCAGGCAGUUCGCAAAGACCUGAACGCACACUGCAACAAAGCUCAGGAAGGCGCCAGUCAAUUGGCCGAUCGAUUCCAGUCAACGGACCUCCACACCCUCCAGGACCUGCCCGAAAGGAUCAACCGGCUUGCUCAGCUGGCCAAGGCCUCGCGCAAGGCGGUGGAAAGUGGCAAGCCCGGCUUCGGGUCUGAUCCUCUGAAGCGCCUGGAGAUGAGCAUCACCAUGCUGGCCGACCGAUGUAGAAAGUACACGGAGGAAGUGGAGGCCCAGAAUGAUCUUAAAGCGAUGCUACGCCGCGUGACCGAGAAUCUGGAAGAGCAGCAGCGAGCUGCAGAAAGCGAUCGACCAGAGCCCAGCCGCAAGCCACGCCUGCGGCUGUAG